CGCGUCUUACUCGAUUUACGGAGAGUCCCGCUAAACUCCGGCUCGUCAUUGGGGCUUUGUGGUUCUUUCAUUACUGGCAUAUACCCAGCCAAGAUCCUGCCCGCCUGCCUUUACCGGGCUCGUGUUAGUAGUUUCCUGCCUCUUCAGCACUUUGUGCUUCAACCACAAACAUCGUGUUCAACGCGCUCUCUUCACCGAGUGUCAUGGACAAGUCCAAGACUACAAGCAUCGCGAAAUGGGGCGCCGCCUGUGCUGCUUGUGCCCUCGCCAAAGCCAAGUGCAUUCGCCCCAACGAGUCACCAGGAGUCAAAUGCGACAGGUGUGAGCGUCUGGACAAAGACUGCACAAACCAAGUCCACAAGCCACGAAAGAAGAGACAAAGCAAACCAUCGAAAACUGCACAGCUCGAGGAGAGGUUAAACAGCUUGGUGGAUCUGCUCAAAGCCUCCAACUCGGGCGAGAUCCCGCCAGGGACCAACCUCCGCGACUACACCAGGGACUUUGACGGUUGCUUCUCUUCCUACACCAGCUCUAGAGCCUCCCCAGCAUCCACAUCCCCACCAGAGUCGGUCAGGGCCACCUUCCAGCCUUUCAGUGACAAUGCCCACAUGACGUGUAAUUGUCGGCCUGUCGAUGUCGACACGCCACUCCAGGUCGAGUCGGACGACGCGCUCUUGGCGAUAUUCAUGACGCAGCUCAUGCCGGAAUUCCCAUUCAUCACUCUUCGACCAGGUCUGAGAGCCGCCGAGCUCGCCGCCGAGAAGCCCUUCUUGUUCUCCACCAUCAAGAUGAUUGCUUCGUAUCGGAACCUCAAGUCCAUGCGCGCACAGAGUUAUUACAUCAUGAAGCAUCUCUACGAGCAUAUGAUGAUGAGGGCAGACAGGUCGCUUGAGAUGCUGCAGGUUGUACUGCUGAUCCUUGGCUACUACCACUACCACUGCAUGCUGCAUGCGCAGAUGGGUAACCUGGCGUCUCUGGCCGUCAGCCUGGCGGCCGACAUUGGCAUCAACCGGGCGCCUGAAUUAUCAGAGCGGUCGAGGUUGAUUGUGCUGCAUCACGAGUCGCCACAGCCACGGUCAAAUGAGGAACGGAGAGCACUUUGCGGUGUGUGGUACAUGAACUCGGUGGUUGCGCUGGCGUUCCAACGAUUAGACCCGAUCCGAUACACUCCGUACCUAGAACAAUGCAUGAAGGACUUGGAGGCAGCCCGCGAAUAUGAGACGGACUACCUCAUCGUCAACCUCGUCCGCGUACAGCACCUGACCGAGCGCAUCUCGCAGCUCCAUGCCAAGGAACACCUCCCACAGGAUCUGCAGGACAUAUCGCGCGCACCUAUGAAUGUGUACCUUGAUGCAUUCCAGCAGGAACUGGACAAGUUCAAGUCUGCACUGCCUCGGUGCUUGCAGAACAACAAACUAAUCACCUGCCACGUCAACGCUGCCACGUUACGGCUCUGGGAGCCACCGAUCAUCGACGCCGCGAUGCUGGAGAAGCUUGGUUCUUCCUUCCAAACCCUUUCGCUCAGCUCGACCUACGCUUCACACCUGGGCAUCUUCUAUAAGUGCAAUGCUGCUUUAAAGCACUGGUUCUCCUUCUGGCUUGCCCUGGACCCAUCCGAGUACUUCCUGCUGCCGAUGCCGGCCUGUGCACAGCUGAUCAACGCCAUAACAAUGCUAUCGCGAUGGGCUAAGCUGUGUGGCACGGAGCCUGGGCUAAGUCAAGUACCAGCCGUUGCCGCAAUCAAGACGCACAUCAUGACCCAACCAGAGUUGCAGAUCGACAUUGGCGGCAUCCUCGAGGCCAUGGUAUCCCGAUUUGACGAAGCCCGGCGCAUGCUGGCAUCACAGGAAGGCGGCGCAUGGGACAACAACAUCUGGGACCUGGCGUCGAAGAAAAUGAGAUUGACGCAGAUGAGGCUGGAGCGCUGGGCUGAUGCCGUGGCGGUGCACGAGUCCUUUGCCGCAGGACGAUAUCUCGACAGCCGGGAAGGAAGCAGCACGGCAAGCACGUCCGCCUUCAGCUCCCCGGCUCUCGACAAGGUGUAUCCAAUGACCGUGCUGGAUACGUCAGUGACGUCAGCGCCAAACUGCCUUCCGGACCACCACGGCAACAUGAUGGACACGACCGGGGGCCUGCACUUGAACCAGGCUUUGUGGCAGGCGAUUGGCAUGAACAACCCGGCUGCGACGACGGCCGGCUGGGGCUCGACGGCGGACGUGUUUGACGGCUUGGAGCUGGACCAGAACUUCUUCUUUGACGCCUCGAGCGACUACAACACUGUCGUGCUCAACACCUUGGGCCAGACACCACCGAUGUAGGGCGCGGGCCUUGUAGUGAGGGAGAGAAACGGUGUAUUACGAAAGAGCUCUGAUUUACGUAUGGCGUUUCUUGGCGCGACAUUGCAUGGCAUCU